CUUGCGCAGUCCUGCGUGUCUGACCUUCAUAGAAGUAACCAUGUUCGCCAGGACCAGCGCGGCGGUGUUUGUCCCACAAUGUGGGCAGGUCAGGAACAUGGCUACCUUGAAGGACAUCACCAUACGGUUGAAGUCCAUCAAGAACAUCCAGAAAAUCACCAAGUCCAUGAAGAUGGUGGCUGCUGCCAAGUAUGCCCGCGCCGAGCGCCAGCUGAAGCCCGCCCGUGUCUAUGGCACUGGGGCCCUGGCUCUGUAUGAGAAGGCUGACAUCCAAGCACCAGAAGAAAAGGUCGCCAAGCACCUGAUCAUUGGUGUGUCUUCCGACCGUGGUCUCUGUGGCGCCAUCCAUUCUGGUGUUGCUAAAGCCAUUAAGGCUGAGAUUGCCAACCUCACCGGUGCUGGCAAGGAGGUCAUGGUGGUCAACGUGGGAGACAAGCUUAGGGGCCUGCUGCAUAGGACUCAUGGACAGCACAUCAUGCUGAACUGCAAGGAAGUGGGCCGCAAGCCUCCCACCUUCAGUGAUGCUUCCAUCAUUGCCACUGAGCUGCUCAACUCUGGAUACGAGUUUGAUAAAGGGUCCAUCAUCUUUAACAGAUUUAGGUCUGUUAUCUCAUACAAAACAGACAAAAAGCCUGUGUUUUCCAAUGAUACCGUUGCCAAUUCAGAGAAUAUGGGCAUAUAUGAUGAUAUUGAUGCCGAUGUCCUGAGGAACUACCAGGAGUUUGCCCUGGUCAACAUCAUCUACUUCAGCAUGAAGGAGUCCACCACCAGUGAGCAGAGUGCCAGGAUGACCGCUAUGGACAGCGCCAGCAAGAAUGCCUCUGAGAUGAUUGACAAGCUGACCCUCACCUUCAACCGUACCAGACAGGCUGUCAUCACCAAGGAGCUCAUUGAGAUCAUCUCUGGAGCCGCUGCUCUAUAAUUGGGCGAGAGGUCACCCCAUUUUUUUGUUGCCAGGGACUCUGGUAUAUGUGCUUCAAAGUACUUCAGACGGCUGUCGUCAAGAGUUUAUGAACAUUUGUGUCUCUUAUUUGUAAAAUACAUGGAAAAAAUAAACCUCCUACAGAGAAAAUGACCCCUUUUCAGUUGUCCCAUCUGUUUUAACUCCCAAUAAAUGCUUACGACCAUAAGAACAU